GAUAUUUCUCCUCUUCCCUUCCCUUCCCUUGCCGAUCUUCACACCUCUGUUUCUCGUUUGGUCUACUACCACAUUGUUUCCAACAACAAUGGCGGGCAAGGGGCCACCACGCAAUGUGAUUCUGAUUGAAGACUCUCCGGAGCCGGAACCAUAUGUUGCUAGGGCUGUAAACAGUUCCAAGACAGAUGCACGACAACAUGGACGUGUCGGUGAUGAAGUAGAUCGGACUAAUCUGACAGGGCAGCAAAAUCAGCUGAGUGAUAGGAUCUCCUUUGCACAGUUUUCUGCAUCUGUCUUCACAGGACAACCAACUGCUCCUCAGCCGCUGUCGACCGGCCCUCCACCUUCUCUUCACCCGGGAAUGCCCUUCAUCCAUGCAACUCAAGCGCUCACCAAAGCCAAUCUUGCUCAGUAUGGUUCAGGUAUGCCUUUCUCCCAUCCUCGUGGACUUAGUCCUCGUCAACGUUUGUUCUCAGGUGCUCCAGGUCAACCUCCGCUCCCGACAGCGUUUCCACCUCAAUUGAGACCGAGCUCGAUCCCCAAUUUAGCCCAAUCAACAUUCAAACUUCCAGCCCAGAACGUCCUUGCUGCUCAAUCUCCAGCGGUCUUUCAAGGACCUGUUCAAGCAAAUCUCCCUCUGGCAUUUCCGGGCCAGGUAGUCCCCCAUGGAAAUGUCUUUACAGGACCCCCGAGUAAAUAUGACCGCAUUACGGGCAUGUUUCAGGAAAAUAAACAGGGAAGUGGUCCUGUUCUAUGGCGAGAUAAUUCUUCGAGCGCUAGGGAAUAUAUUCCAGUGACCUUGCAGGAAAAUAACAUGAACAGCCACUUUAUAGCAGGUCCAUCUACGGCCUCAGCAGUCACUCGACCGAAUGCUCUUCCUCAAUUUCUGAACUUCUCGGCACCCCCGGGUUGGACACCCAUAUAUCCACCUACAGCGAACCGGAACGCAAAUGCAGACUCAAACAGAAGCGCAGAGACCACUCGACCACCAAUAAAUCUCUAUGCUCCCCCUCGUUACGAGACUGCAGCUUCGGCUAGAAUCGCAGAGCCCAGUAGUAUACCCGGACACCUGUUUGCUGCCACUGGGGGCCCGAAUGCAAGCUCAAGUAGAACCACAGAGCCUACUGCUCGACAACCUCUGAGGAAUAUCGCCAACCUGCUCGAGUUGGAGUAUAGGGUGAUUCAUUUACUUGUGAAUACGGUGCAGAAGAUGUUGGAGAAGAAUUUGUUCGACUUCGCAAAGAGAUGGAUCCCUAACUUGCUCGUCAUGGCGGAUUGGCAAAUCCCUGAACAAGGAGAGUUGAACAAUUGGGAACCUUUUCUAGCACGGAAUGUUGGAGAUGUAAAUUUUGCUUUUCGAGCAAACGACAUCAACAUAAGCUAUAUGGAUUUCAGGUCCAUGUUGAUGCGUCUGCAUCACCUGCGGCAUGCAGCCGUACAUCGCAAUCCGAUUGGCACAGGCUGGCUGAGACGGUGGAUGGUCGACGCCGUGGACGUGACCAAUUACCUCACAAAAUGUCUGAAGGAUCCCCGCUGCUACAAUAAGUUUCGGACUAUUGAGUUCGGCUUGUGGCAGCCUCACAAGGUCGACCUGGAGGAGAUUGCCACAAAGCCUUUGGAUGCAUUCGUGAAUAACGAUGAGGUGCCUGACCGAGCAAACUUCGUGAAUGGUGAUUUCAUGUACGAGGUGCGCGGAUCGAGUACAAAUCUUGCGCCAGAGCGUCAAAUGGAUCCUCGUAUCCGGGCAAGACUAGCACCCAGACCUCUACAGAAUCAGCAGCCGCCAUUCCAACCACUAGAAGGGAUGAGAAGCCUUGAACACCAAAGAGGUGACCGCGGACGCAAGCGAUCACGAUCGAGAAGCCCUGGACCUGAACCACAGAAUCUUCGACGUUCCAAACGACUGAGAGCAGCCUCGCCAUCGCCUCCGCGACAAAAGAAGACGAAAACCAACACGAAGGCUCCGAAGGGCAAUAACUCUAGUGCGAUCAUCGACCUUACGGAAGACGAGGAGAAGGAUGGAGACAGAUUGGCCAAAACAGCUCCCACUGAGAAGACUUUUAUUGAUCUUACAGAAGAUUGGUGAAGUGCUUUGGGCUGAUUUGCGCUAUGUAUAGAACGACGGAUGGUAGACUUGUGUAUAGGUGUGAUUAUAUGAUUACGGGGAGGUAAUGUGUCGUCUAGACAUGCUGCCACUUGGAGUUCUGAGUUGGUGAAGAGGCAUCAAAGAGUUUGCAAGGAGGUGCUUGUUUUUCACUCAUCUCGUUGUUGAUCCUUAUAUGCCCAUCGUAUUUGGAGUUAAAGGACACGUCAAACGACCUAUCUGCUUGCUUCCAUGCUCUGAAAAGUAAGGCGUCACUGUUGGUCAUUAUUUCGUCUAUGUACAUAAAGAGAACUUUCUUUGAGCAACAGAGCUGUCUAUCGGUGCGAGGUAGCUCUUGCCAGACAUGCGGUCCCACGCAUAGCACAGCGCCCUAUACUGGAAAAGCACCGCGCACCGCGUGAACAAUUGAAGCCUGUUGUCUCCUGCAUUUGCACUUGGUUUUGUUGAGCUUCAGCUGC